CCCCCCCCCCCCUCUCUCAGCCUAUGGCUUUUUCUGUGAACUGUGAGAUAGAAGAAGAGGAGUCCAUAAACUCCGUAGCCAAACAGUUCCGACGGUUCGAUGUGGUCGCCGAUGACUCGGACCACUUGUAUCUCAGAACGAACCGGUCCCACAAAGACAACAACAACGGAGGGGAUUGCCUGAUCAAACCAUCGAGUGGGGUCCACAAGAAGAUCAUGAAGGAAUGGAAGGUUCUAGAAGAAAACCUCCCGGACUCCAUCUAUGUCCGUGUCUACGAGCGCCGCAUCGAUCUCCUCCGAGCCGUGAUCAUCGGCUCCGCCGGCACACCCUACCACGACGGUCUCUUCUUCUUCGACCUAGCCUUCCCACCCGAUUACCCGGCCCGCCCGCCCCAAGUCUCCUACCGCUCAUUCGGGUUGCGACUCAACCCGAACCUCUACGCGAACGGGCGGGUCUGUCUCAGCCUCCUCAACACAUGGGUCGGUAACAAACGGGAAAAGUGGAACCCAGCUGAGUCCACGGUGCUUCAGGUCCUGGUCUCGAUCCAGGGACUCGUCCUCAAUGAAAAACCGUACUACAACGAACCGGGUUCCGGAGUUUUCCCGGGCGGGUCGAAGAAAUCCAUGGCUUACAGCGAGAAUGCGUUUGUGUUGUCGUGUAAGACCAUGGUGUACUUGCUUCGCAGACCACCCAAGAACUUCGACGACUUUGUUGCUUCACAUUUUCGCGAGCGCGCGCGUGUGAUUCUAACAGCUUCUAAUGCGUACCUGAAUGGUACCGCAAGAGUCGGGUAUUACACUGAUGACGGGUCUGGGUCGGGUUCAUCUUCUUCGUCGUCAUCGUCUUCCGUGAAUGUGUCGAGUCAUUUCAAGUCGAUGAUGAAGUCGUGGUACCCAGAAAUGGUAGCGAGUUUUAACAAGACUGGGGCUUCUUUGGGGAAUUUCGUCGAACAGUUGAAGGUGGAGAAAGAAACGGCAUCUUCUUUGAGUUUGAAGAAGAAGAAGAAGACGGCGUCGUCUAGACCUCUGGUGAUUGCUAAAACGACGUGUGGGGUAAGUAUGAUGAUUGGGAAGGUGAAGAAGAUAUUGGGAUUGAAGAAAGUUGGAAAGGGCCAUGAAAACCGGAUUAUGGUGAAGUCUUCUUGAAGGGAGAGACGAAUUAAGGGACCCACUUGAGUUUUAUUUUUAAUUUUACUUGCUUUAUCCGGUGAAAAUAAGUUAGUAAAUAUAUGUCCAUGAUGAUGAUUGGAAUAUAUGAAACUGUUAAAAGUUAUUGGGGGUAUAUAAUACACGAUUAAUUAGUAUAAAAAGUGUUGCUUUGUUGAAGUUUAAAUAUUUACUGUAAUGUUUUUUUUGUUUUUUGUUUUUUGUUUUUUGGUAGGUAUAAUGGUAUGUUUCAAAUUUUAUUGUUCUUUUAGUUAAAGUGGUCAUGCUUUAAUUUACACAA